CUCAGUAUAGUCAGCUUUAUUUGCAAUCUGUUUUGUAACUGUAUUUCUAAUUUCUAUUCCAAUUUUUCCUUCGACAUUCAAAUAAUUAUUUUGAAGAGUUUUUAAAUACUUAGAUAAGAAUAGGAAUACAGAAAAGAUUUUAUAGACAUUAUUGGCAGAUAUCUAUGCUGAAUAUUCUUUCAGUACUGAACGCUACGAAGUGUCUGCCACAGGUUAUGUCAUUGCGCGAAAGGUAGUCGGAAAAUCAAAAAUUCCAGGAUGAAGAAUGAUCAAGAAGAAAUAGACUUGUAUCGAGACACGUAUGUAAGAUAUUUAGGUUAUGCAAAUGAAGUUGGAGAAGCAUUUAGAAGUCUCGUGCCUAAGUCCAUUGUAUGGUCCAGUUAUGCAUUAUCGAGUGGAUAUGUUCUCGCAGAUACGAUACACAAGGGUGCAAAAGUUUACCAAGAGGAUGCUACUCCACAAAAAAUCAAAAACGUUCUAUUAUCCACGUCAGACACUUUGCUAUGGCAGGCAUUCGCGUCGGUGAUAGUUCCCGGUUUCACCAUAAAUAGGAUUUGCGCGGCAGUUCAGUUUGCACAAAGAAAAAGUACAAAAGUAGCUUGGAAGAAGCCUUGGAUCUCUACGCUUAUUGGUUUGAUAUCUAUUCCUUUUAUAAUACAUCCUAUCGAUCAUGCUGUAGAAGAAGCAAUGGAUGUUACUUAUAGGAAAUGGACAGGAUACCAUCCAAAAGGGCCUCUAUGUGGUAUAAAACAUGAAUAACAAUAUGUAUAGUUAAUUGAUUAUAGUAAUCUAAGAGAGGUCAUGCUUACAAGCAAGCUAUAUUAGUAAUUAAUAAUUACAGAAUUUAUUCCAUUUUUACGCAAA